CUCUCUCUCGCUAAACGAUGUUCAGUGGGUAUCUCGAUUCUACAGAAUCUCCAGAAAGGAAAAAGGAUUUUGAACCAAAAAUAAUACGCAAACAAAAUUGAUAUAGAUUUCCCGAAACGCAUGUAAUUUCGCCAGAAAUAACACGUUCACAGAACAGAAUCACGAGCUAAGGAACAGCAAAUAUCGCCUUUAUUCCUUUUCUCCGUCGCGUGAUUUAUUCCAUUUUUCGCGGGAUAAGAUAAACAUUGCCUCGCUCUUCGUAGGGUUUCGCCGCUGUUGAUCUCUUCAUAAGGAGCUUGGCAAGAGAGGUUAAAUGAUUGACCAAUGCAUGAAUGUAGAUGAGUCAUUUUCAGGCAAGUAAGGUUUCAGAUAAGCUGAAACUUUCUGGAAGAGUGCAUUGGAGUCAUUCGAUAGUUGCACAGAGGUGAUAGUUUCAAUUGAAUAUACAAUCACUUUGGGAUGUAGAAUCUGGCGUAUGUGACCUCAAUGGGUUCUGAAGUUGACAGCCUGGAUAUGGAUGAGCUAGAUUUCUUGAGUAUGUGUGAGCAGACAGUUAGAGAAUUAUUAUAGACAUGGAUGACUUGGAUUUUGAUGCUUUUCUCCCCAGCUGGAAAAAUCCAGCUGAAAUGGCAGAAUCUCAUCUGUUUAUUGUGUCUUGCUUCAUUGCUGGUUUGGUGGGCAUAUUAACUAUUUUUUAUACAGCUUUCCAGUGGAGAAGAAACAUCAAUUUAACUUGGAUGAGAGCCAUAGCCAGGUCAAAGAAAAACCCAAAAACUAGGCACAAGGUUGCCGUGGCUCCUCAUACUUGGGAUUUGGAAUCUGUAACUCGAGGGAAAAGCUUAAACUGCUGUGUUUGUUUAAAGUCUGUCUCACCAUCCCAAACUUACAGCCAUAUGGUAGGUUCAGAUAGUUUUAUUCACCGAUGCAGCAUAUGUGGUGCAGCAUCCCACUUGGGCUGUUCCUCUAAUGCCCACAAGGACUGUAAGUGUGUGUCGAUGUUUGGUUACGAACACAUGAUGCAUCAAUGGGCAGUGCGGUGGACCGAGGCAACAGAUCAACCUGAUGAAUCAUCAUUCUGUUGCUACUGUGAAGAGCCAUGCAGUGGUACUUUUCUUGAGGGAUCCCCAAUAUGGUGUUGCUUAUGGUGUCAGCGUUUGGUGCAUGUUGACUGCCAUGGUAGUUUGUUUAAUGACACAGGGGAUGUUUGUGAUUUGGGCCCUUACAGAAGGCUUAUACUAUCACCUCUAUAUGUUAAGCAAUUUAAUUGGACUUAUUCUGGUGGAUUUCUGAGUUCCAUCACCCAAGGAGCCAAUGAGAUUGCAUCUUCCAUGCGUGCUACCAUAAGAAGUCAAAGUAUGAAAUAUAAGCAUGGAGUUGAGAUCUCAAAUGAUACUGGUAAUGGUAGUAAUAUGAGUGACACCUCCAUGGAGAUUCCUAUGGCGACAGGUCAGAUGGUGAAUGGUUCUCAUAGAAUUGAAGAAAACCAAAACGGUCAUACAAAUGCUGAGGUGGCGGAUCAACACGGAGAAGCUAAAAAAAUGGAAAUGGGUCCUAUUUUGAGAAGAAACGUAUCUAUUAAUCAAAAGGAGGAGAGCCAGUUAGGAGGCUUGAGACAAAAGUAUGAAUUUAAUGAUCUGCCGCCAGAGGCAAGGCCCUUACUUGUGUUCAUCAACAAAAAGAGUGGAGCUCAACGAGGAAAUUCACUCAAGCAGAGACUGAAUAUUCUACUGAAUCCUGUACAGGUUUUCGAAUUAAGCUCAACACAAGGUCCAGAAGCUGGACUCGACUUGUUUAGGAAGAUGCCUCAUUUCCGAAUUCUUGUUUGUGGAGGAGAUGGUACUGUUGGCUGGGUACUGAAUGCAAUAGACAAGCAAAACUUUGUUUCUGCUCCACCAGUGGCCAUUCUUCCUGCCGGGACUGGAAAUGAUAUGGCUCGAGUACUUUCUUGGGGAGCUGGCCUAGGUUCAGUUGAGAGGCAAGGAGGUCUGUACACGUUAUUGGAUCACAUUGAACAUGCUGCUGUUACCAUGCUUGAUAGAUGGGAGGUAUCAAUCACGAGCCAGCACAGGAAACCACUCCAUUCUCCUAAAUUCAUGAACAACUAUCUUGGGGUUGGAUGCGAUGCAAAAGUUGCUUUGGAAAUCCAUAAUAUGCGAGAAGAGAACCCUGAUAAGUUCUACAACCAGUUUAUGAAUAAGGUUCUUUAUGCAAGAGAAGGUGCCAGAAGUAUAAUGGAUAGGACAUUUGCCGACUUCCCCUGGCAAGUCCGGGUUGAGGUGGAUGGUGUCGAGGUUGAGGUUCCCGAGGACGCGGAGGGUGUCCUUGUAGCUAAUAUUGGGAGUUAUAUGGGUGGUGUCGACCUAUGGCAGAAUGAAGAUGAGAACUAUGAUAAUUUUGAUCCUCAAUCUAUGCAUGACAAAGUGCUUGAGGUAGUAAGCAUUUCAGGGACAUGGCAUCUUGGAAAGCUGCAGGUUGGCCUAUCCCGAGCUCGCAGGCUUGCACAGGGGCAGUCAAUUAAGAUUCAGAUUUUUACUGGCUUGCCGGUUCAAAUAGAUGGAGAGCCAUGGUUCCAACCGCCUUGUUCAUUAACCAUCACACAUCACGGACAGGCCUUUAUGUUGAAAAGAGCCGCAGAAGAACCUCUCGGCCAUGCAGCUGCAAUUAUUGCUGAUGUCCUUGAGAAUGCUGAAACGCGUCAUGUCAUCAAUGCAUCACAAAAAAGGUCACUGCUUCAAGAAAUGGCUCUGAAGCUUUCUUGAGUUAUCGUUUACAAUAGCUUAACCAUGUCUAUUGAUGUACUAAAAUGAGCAGUCCGUCUCACUGCCUUCUUUUUACGGGUGAUCUGUAUUUAUUGUUUAGUGAAGAAUGCUGCUAACCAGACCUUACUAUAUGCAAACAGCAAUUUUUUAGCAGUAAUGCCGAUAUGGGAUGUUGAAUUUUCCA